UAUUUAUUGAGGUUUUUAAAAGCAAUUAUUUACAGACACUUGUGGAUUUUGUAUAGAUAACUGACAGAUAAAAGUUCAGGUAAAGGUGUCUUUGAAAUAAAAAACAAAUCUUAUGGCAAUUGUUUGCAUAAUUUGACACUGGUAUUCUAAAAGAAAAUGAAGAACUAUAUAAAUUAGAAUAUAUUUGCAUAAAUCCUUUUUCAUGAAUUCUGCUUUAGUUCAAGUUGGAAGGUUGCAUAUUGUAGUUUACACUGACUAGUUCUCUUCCUCCAUAUUUGUUGUUAUUGUUGUCAUUUUGUCAAUAAAUGCAGCAUUAUAUAUUCUUGCAAAGUGUGCCUCUCCACACAGCCAGCCAUGUCAAUUAUUCCCCCACCCCCAAUUCCAGAUGUUAGAAUCAUUAAGUGGCAAGGAAUUCCCACUGGAUUUCAGUUGCAAGUACAAUUCAUACAAUUCAUUCUUAAAUAGGCAGACCACCCUUCACCCAAAACCUCAACAGAAAGCUCUACAGAAACUCCAUCUGUUUCUUUAGCCUCUUAAUUUCAAAGACACAUUGUGAUGUACAACUCAUAAUCACAAUCCAAACUAUGAGAGUUAUGUCCUUUCAUUUGAUACUGGGACACAACUACAAAAGGUUGGGGUUUGCACUGUAAUGUUGCAAUACACGUUUCAUAAUUUUUUGUCAUCAUAGUUUGUUCUGUAUGCUGAUGUCAGUUACUUAAUUGGGGGUCACACGGUAUCCUAAGCUACAGUUUAACCAUAUUUAUUGAGUAGACCACACAUAUAUUUUCACAACAUACUAAACCAACUUCACAAGUUGCAGUAUCUGGGUUUACACAAGCUAAACCAAAUCAAACCAUUUUGUGACUUAGCAGUGUAGAAAAGCAGCCUAUAGUUGUGAUUGCACAACAGAUAAAGUCACAAUAAAGGGUUAAUGAGUGUACACUGUCAUUUUAGCCGCAGCCCAAUUGUGCAUAUGGUUCAAUAAUUAAGACUUGUGAGCAUCUAGCACUUUUUGAAACCACAAUUUGAAAUCAAGGCUUAGUGUAAUGGGCAUAUGCAUUAGAAAUUAAGUCAGUAGCAUUGCAGUUGUUUAAUCUUUACAGUAGCUUAGCACAUCAUGGGAAUACAGCCAAUUUUCUAUUCCAUUUGUCAUUAUCAGCUUCUCCCUUAUUCAGAGGCUAUACCAUUGAAAGGGACAAAUCAGCCCCACUGAGACAGAAAGCAGGCCCAGUUCAUGUACUGGGCUAAGCUAUAAUAUGAUUUAUUUGGUUUUGGCUUAGCAUGUUAAUGAAUUCAGUCAAGCUUCCUUUUUUUCCCUAUGCAGUUGAGAGUGUUGUAUCAGUUACCAAAUUCAAAGGGAAAAUGGUUCAGUGAUGAAAGAUUCACUUUUUAAUUCAUAUCCAUAGUAAUUACAGGUGGUGAGAUUACAUUUAGCACUAGAUUGAUAUGAAUGUCUGGAAGGGUGUGAUACCGACAGUUGAUCUGGAGGGGCCCAAAGAUUAUUUUGUCACAGAGCUGUUCCUAGACAGAAGAACACACAGUAGAGCUGUUCAGGAAAGAAGAUCGCCUGCUUCAGACCACUUGCCCCAAAUGAAACUUCCCAAAUGCCACGGCUAUACAAUUUGCAGUACCAAAAGCUCUGAAGGGCAGAGAUUUGUUAUGCGUCAGUAUCUUGCUAGAAACCUUUUGAGCCAAAAUCGGUGCCCUGAGCGUGGACCGAAUCCAAUCAAAGCUGCUGAGGCAUUCCGCCAGCGAGGAGUUUCUUCGGCAAAGCAAACGAUACGAUGUUGGGGGGGAGGGAUGCACACGCUGUAUGUGCAUAAACACUCAUGUAAUCAAACCUCAGUUUUGGUUUAAGCCGCUGCCGUGCACAAGAUUAAAUCUUGGCACGUUUAGGCUUACAGAGCAUUUCAAAGAAGCCCUCCGCUGGAAAGACAUCGGCGGUCCCAAGCCGAGUGGGGAUGCAAAUCCAUCCCAGGUCCCAGAUCUCGACUCCCAGCGCACGCCUAACUCCUGGCCGCAGGGAGGACUUGGGAACCAGCUUCCCUCCGCCUUACCGCGGCAAACAACGCCCCAAAACACACCCGCGCAGUCGGCCGGUCAGACAAGGGGCGCCUGCCGCGUCACGAGCCUUCCCAGGUGGGGUCUCGGUUCGCCACGUGCGGCUUUGCAGGCGCGGGAGGAAAAAAAGCAAGGACAGCGCGACAGCAUCGACGGCUCGUCGAAGGACCAGGUCGUGCGAGCGCCGGGGCAGGCCUGAGCCGCCUCCGCUGCUCUUCCUCCCCUCUCCGGCUGACGGGAUCCGAGCGCGACGGGGAGGAGCCAUCGCCCGCUUUCCCUCUGACGAAGCCGCGCUUGCCGGCAGCAAGGGAAGGGAAGAGUCGGAGGGGCUUGCGCGGGGAGUCGCUGUGCAUGGGCGCGGAGGACGGCGGGACAGCGCCGGGGAAGAUGGGCUCCCAGGACGUGCUCCGGGAUACCGCCCGGCUGGCCUCCUCCAGCGCCCUCUUGCAGGUGCUAUUCCGGCUAAUUACGUUUGGCUUAAAUGCUUUUACUUUACGUUAUGUAUCAAAAGAAAUAAUUGGUCUUGUGAAUGUAAGACUGAUGCUGCUUUAUUCAACAGUGGUUUUCUUAGCCAGGGAAGCGUUCCGUAGAGCUUGUCUGAGUGGGAGCACAAGGAGAAACUGGACCCAAACAUUUAAUCUUUUAUGGCUAACAGUUCCUUUGGGCGUAUGUUGGUGUGUGUUCUUGGGCUGGAUCUGGCUAGAUAUACUUGAAGUUCCUGAUGAAAAUGCAGUUCCUUACUAUAAUUUCGGAGUACUUGCUUUUGGUCUUUCUGCUGUGAUUGAACUCCUAGGUGAACCUUUUUGGGUUUUAGCUCAAGUACACUUAUUUGUAAGGCUAAAGGUGAUUGCUGAGAGUUUUUCAAUGCUUUGCAAAUGCUUUUUGACAGUCAUUCUAGUAGUUUUGUAUCCACACUGGGGGCUCUACAUCUUUUCUUUGGCCCAGCUUUUAUAUACUACCAUUCUAGUAUCAUGUUACAUAAUAUAUUUCAUGAAAUUUUUGGGUUCUCCUGAAGCAACAAAAAAAUCAUUUCCUAUUACUGGAAUGGUAUCUUUUUUGCCUGCUUUUGGACAAAAUGAGGAUAUUGUUAACUGGAAAGAAGCAAGGCUGACUUGGAGUUUCUUUAAGCAGUCAUUCCUAAAACAGGUUUUAACAGAGGGUGAAAGAUAUGUGAUGACUUUUCUGAAUGUAUUAAAUUUUGGAGACCAAGGUGUAUAUGAUAUUGUAAACAACCUUGGUUCUUUGACAGCUAGAUUUAUAUUUUUACCAAUAGAAGAGAGUUUUUAUGUGUACUUUGCUAAAGUUCUAGAACGUGGGAAGGAUAUAAAGUUGCAAAAACAGGAUGACAUUUCUAUGGCAGCUACUGUAUUAGAAUCACUGUUGAAACUAGUGCUUCUGAUUGGCUUAACCAUUACAGUAUUUGGCUUUGCCUAUUCGCAGUUGGCACUGGAUCUUUAUGGAGGAUCAAUGCUCAGUUCAGGAUCAGGUCCAAGUCUCCUUCGCUGCUAUAGUUUGUAUGUCUUGCUGCUUGCUGUUAAUGGGGUAACAGAAUGUUUUACAUUCGCUUCAAUGUGCAAAGAAGAAGUGGACAGGUAUAACUUUGUGAUGCUGGCUUUGUCCUUUGUAUUUUUGUGCAUGUCUUAUUUCUUGACCCAUUGGCUAGGGAGCAUAGGAUUUAUCCUUGCCAACUGCUUCAAUAUGGGGAUCCGAAUUACACACAGCAUCCACUACAUCUACAGAUAUUUUGGACAUAGCCCUUACAGACCUUUGAAGGGCCUUCUUAUUUCACCUAGCCUGCUUUUUGUUUAUGUCAUCAGCGGAGUGAGCACUGUAGUUUCAGAGGUGUUUCUGUGCUGUAAUAAAGGGUGGAUGGCCAGAUUAAUUCAUGUCACAGUUGGAGCACUAUGCCUUACAGCAACUCUUGCUACAGUAUUUUUCACAGAGGCAAACCUAAUCCAUUUUGUUAGGAUGCAUAUUUUAUCAAGAUAUUCCAAAGAAAGAUUAAAAUAAUGUUAAACCUGUUUGCAAAUAUUUAUACAGUAUGUAUUUGCUAUAGGGGAUUUGUAUUUACAUGGAUAAUUAUUACACAGAGUAAUGUCAGGCCCAGCCCAAGAACAACUGAGAAACAUUCCAACAGAGUUCAGUUCUUUUAUUGCUUACACCAUGUCACAGGUUCAUUUAAUAUCCAAGGGUGGAUUACCCAGACUCACCAAGAUAUUCCCAGUGAGACUCUGCACACACAGACUUUUCUCUCCCCUUUUUAUAUCAGGGUUCCUUUACUUAGAAAACCAAUAUUCACAGUACAAAACUCUUCUUUUUCUACCCAGGUGUCCCACUAAUACAGUUUUCACCUAACCUAUAUUUCUAUUGCUCAACUUACUAUUAUACUACUCUAACUAUUAAACACUACUGCUAUCCCUAGAACAUAUAUUACUAUUUCCAGGUAUUAAUGCUCCUGGCCUUUCCACAAAUCUUGACUGCUACUCUCUCCCUUGCUUCUUUCUGCCUCUCCUCUACACACCCAGCAUACCACCACACCCAGCUAGCCCAAACACAGGGCUUUUUAUACAAUCUCUCCCCCAUCUGAACGCUGAGGUGUUGCAAAAUUAAAGGGGCAGGCACACAAUUCCAGCUGCCUACAUUCUUUUCCUACCCAUCUUUCCACACCCCACACAGACCAAAUCUUGCCAGUCUAAAUCUGUGCUACUGCAACUAGUGGAUAUACCCUGGGAGAUUCUAGGGAGUGGCUAUUCUAAACCUCCUACACUUCCCACGCUCCU